UUCUUUAGUCAUCGCUUGCAUUUCGGUUCAGUUGUAUCUCACUUUACAUUUUUCUUCUUUCUCCAGGCCUCAGAAUUCAGGUUUGGCCUUGAAAGGUCGACAGAUUGGCAGUUCACGGGGCGCAAAGUUCAGUUCAGUCUCACAAUAGACAUCCCUGAGUCCACCCCCCUUAGAGCCAAAAUCAAACUUCCCUCCUUUGGCGGCCCAAUAAUGCGACUCACAGAGGCUAAAUACUCUUCAGUCAGCGAACACCUCACCUCUAGCGUCAACACAACCACAAUGACGUCCUCAGCAAACGACGGUCUGAACGACAUAGCGUUCUUUGAACUCGGGAACAUAACGCGGAGCCCAUCUGUGAACAAUACUGAAAUCAAGAUCGAUUUUGAGGUGCAGCUAUUGAAUCAUGCCAAUAUUACUAAUGGAGGUGCGCAGUGGGUGAGCGUGGGUGCAGAGUACAUCAAUCAAUCCGUAUGGGCAGCACAGAUGGCGAUCAAGACCAUCAACACAGCAGUCAGCAGACCAGAUUUGAAGGUUUCACUCUGGCCUGACAAUGACGGUUAUAACAUACUAUUGGGGUAUGGUAUUCUCAUUCGGAUUGUUAACUCCCAUUCACUAAAUUUGAUUCGAAGGAAUUUUGCCUGAAAAUCCUGGAAACAAACUAGCCCUGAAAUCUGUAUUGUGGGGCCGGAGUAGCAAUUGUUACUGACCAGAUCGAAGUAUACUCUUCAAUUCCUUAAUUGAAAGUUAUCUCGAGUGAAAUGAUAGUAUUAUAGGUUUCUCGUGUUCUUAUAUCUAUGUACCUGCAGAAAUUGUAUUUCUAUUUACACGGGGAUACUAGUCUUCACUUGAUAUUCAUAAAUUUUCUUCGACUCCUUUACAUACCGUUCUGUAAAACGACACGUCAUCUUGUCUCUCGUGAAAAGUAAAGAUCCCUAGGGGUUACUAUGGAGUACUUACCAUCUACGUGGGGAAUCUGGAAAUUCUUGUUGGAAAAUCAAAUGUUUCGCUCCUUUUGGAAAGCUCUAGAAAACAUGGGUUUUGAUUUGAGAAGAUNUGUAUUCACCUGUUACGAUUUAAAUAUGUGUUUUUUUUUUUUCAUUUCUAUUAUAUGUGAUAUCUGUUAUGGAGACAAAAUAAAAAAAUAUAAACAAAAAAAAAAAAUAGACUAUUAUAAAGGGAAUAUAUAAAAAAAUUGGUACUCACAUUAUUAUCAAAAACAAAAAAAGAAGUUUUUUUUUUUUUUUUUUUUUUUUUGCAAACAGAUCAAUAACAUUUGAUCGCUCUUUCUUGAGAGAGCUGGCAAGGCAAAACGGUUUUAAAGUUUUCAACGGUUGCAUAGUUGAACCUUGAAUUUUAUUUUUCCGUUUGCAAAAAAAGAAAAAAAGAAAACUUAACAAUCUUGUGUUUUCAGAAAACGUAGCCUGCGUAGCAGGCGCUUGGAAGUAGUGGGCGAAAGAGAGAACGGGCGCGCGCGAGGUAGACACGCAAAGGCGUGUCUCCUUCUCGUGCGCCCGUUUAUUCUUGUGCCCACUACUUCCAAGCGCCUGCUACGCAGGCUACAGAAAACGUUGUGAUUGGACAAUCUUCUUCCAGUUGUCCCAGUUUGAGUGUCCGCACCUAAAAAGACCGACCUCAUUUGGAAUGGAAAACGAGAUUUCAAGUAAUUUGAUUUACUAAUCAUGACGUAUAAUCUGAUUUCGUUUCUACUUUUAACAUAUAUAAACUGAUUAUUAUUGUUAUUGUUUUCUAAAAAAGGGGACAAACAAAAUUCCGCCUGACACUGACUCAUUCGAGCGUGACAACUGAAGAGAUAGAAAGUGGGAUUAUUGAAUGGCCUCUGCCCCCUGUCUUGACACUAAACAGUUGGAAAACAAAAGGACAAUCCAUUAACAUCACUGAAGUGCUCAACAGUACCACGAUGGUGAUUUUCAAGGUUAUAAAGAGAUAAAGUUGUUGAUUCUGCGUUAUAUUGACACAUCAAAUUAUGGAUAAAUACGGCAUUUUAUUGGCCCCAUGUUAGGGAAUCCAACACAGCCUUGGAUUCUGGAUUCCACUCCGUAAAUUCCGGAUUCCAGGCACUGGAUUCCAGUCAGUGGAACUUGGAUUCUGGUUUCCAGUUUGUGGGAUUCCGGAUUCCUUGAGCUGUAUUUUGGAUUCCACAGCCCAGGAUUUCGGACUCCAUAAGCAAAAUAUUUCCGGAUUCCGGAAUCCGAAUUCCUUUACAUGGAGCGACCAGUACUAUAAACGUACUUGCUGAUUCCAGGUUUUGACUCAUUUCAACGCUGUUAUUCCAAACGUUUUACGCGCUCAGAGAAAAGCUGUGCCUCCCUGCUUAGCGCUAUAUAAUUGUUUCGUUUUUAUCACCUUAAACUAUGAAUUGAAAAGUAUUUAGGUCCUGCCUUGCUUUCUAGAAUUUUUCUUUAUUACUACAUGCUUAAUUGAUACAACUGGAAUUUUUGCUUUGUUUUUGAAAAAUUUCUUGGCUUCCGUGACUUUAGACCUGAACGUUUAAGUCACGUUGAUUCCCCGGGACGAAGAAUUUGUUGACGAGGUCUAACACUUAUGACGCACAUGUAUUUUUUUCUGGUUACUUUACCUUUUCAGUUUGGACCUAUGAAGUUUUGGGAGACGAUUGACCUUGAAGUAACGUUCGACAUUGAUUUGCACAAGAUAAGAGCCGAUGGCAAAGUACAUGAUUUAACCACUCAUGUAAACGUCAAGUACAAUGGGUCAGUGGGAACAUGCAGCUCGUUCUCAGGAUCUCGCGAGUUUACCAACGACGGGCCAGCCACAGUUUCUGUCAAGUAUUAUGUCCCACGUAAGUUUGAACCGAGCUGCCAGUAAAGCCUCAAUCCUUAAUGGGGUAUUUGCUAUUCGCUUUUACCAAGACUCAACUCGAGGGAUAAUAGACAGGGUAGUGUAAUUGGAUAUCAAAAUUAAAACAGUAAACUAAUCCUUACGGCAGGAAGAGUGAUGGAAAAAAAAUAGAAAGAAAACAAAUAUAAAGAGGUGAAUUUGAUAUCAGUACCCGUUAUUGUAGGAAAAUACCGCUGGGCAAGCUGCCUAAUAAUUAACUCGAACGAAGGGUUCCUUAUAAGGAAAUUAAUGCGAAAGACUAAACCAAAGGCAAAUAAUUCCAGAUGAAGACAAUUAAAACUUUAAUUCCACAAUUCGAAAAAAGUACUUUUGCACCUUGCCAAAUAGUGACUCAAAGUAUUUUAAGAGACUUCCUUAAAUGUAAACUAUGAAAUGAAAGUGUUAGACAAUUACUCUCAGUUCUUAGCUAUGCCAUUGAUGUUUCCUUUUUUGCUAUUUUGUAGUAGGGUCAUGUGACCAGGCCCUUGGUAUGACGGAUGGGAGCAUUGCUGAUUCCCAGAUCACUGCUUCCUCAUAUGCUAUGGGCGGGAAACCACAUGAGGGAAGACUGAAUGGCAACAAAACUUGGAUACCUUAUGGCCAGCUUGCGUAAGUCAUAUGUUGGUUUGUAGACCCUGAAGUGCGCUUUUGAUUAUUCGAAGUGAAGUUUAGCAGUAAGACUUCAUUGAUUGUACAAAUGAUUGGAAGCUAGGGCAGACUGAAAACGGAGCUGAGAGGGUGGGGAAGGCGGGUAGGAGUUGAUAAAACGAACGAACGAACAAGCGAACAGACGAACUGGGGAACAUAGUAAGAUGGUAAGAAAAAUAUGGACCUGGAAUGAAACGCUGGGGGAAGAAAUGUAGAUUCAUUGUAGGAUAGAUCGAUAAGUAAGUUCGAAUAAUGGUACUCGGAGAUUUAGAAUUUUACCUGAUUAAUCAUUAGUGAUUUUGAAUUUUUUUUUCCUACAGGCAGGCAAAAGACCAGUACCUUGAGGUUAAUUUUACUUGCAAAGUCAAGAUUAAUAGGCUUGUCACAAAGGGUCAUGGAGAAAACUACGUCAAGAGUUUUUUCCUGUUUUACAGCAAAGAUGGCCGUAUUUUUAAACCUUACAAGCUGGGCAGCAAAAACAUGGUGAGCGAACUUCCCUGGGAUGACCUUUUGAAUAAUAAAAUUCUAAUAAUCCAGUUUGAAAAUAUUUGUCCCGCCGAAGUGGAUAGGGUGGUGGCUUUAACUUCUUACACACACAUCGCUACCGUGCGAUUCCAUGAGUGGACACAGUUUGUUUAAAGAAACCCCUCCGCUGAAAGUAAAUCAUGUAAUUAUCUGCCUUUUAGUUGUGCACUGAAACAGAUGCUGAAAUAUUUUUUUUGCAAUGCUCGUCUCAGUAAAUGCGUAGACAUUGUUUUCUCGGUGAGUAUACUAGGAGGAGAAAUACUUUGCAACUGAAUUUUGUUGUUGCAUGCUGCUUGAUCAUGACACUAGAAUUUUGUAAGGAAACAUCGUUAGGCAAAUUAAAGCAAAACAAAGUCAAACCUCUCAACAUCUGAAGGCGUUUAUCCCUGAACUAUCCCACUAUCCCAUUAAGUAUGUUUUAAAAGAUGCAGGUCUUAGUUAGAGGAGGAACUUUUAAGUUAACGAGAAAAUAAACACGUGCCUUUUGCAAAUACCAUCUUUGCAUGCUGGCCUUCAGCGCUAACUGUCGGCAAUCUACACCUGUAUAGAGUUAAUUAAAACUUUCUUCAUGCAUGCACCUUUUGAACACUCAGGUUUUUAUUUUUGUACUAAUUGUUGCUGCUGCUUGUUUACUUUAGGUUUUUCCCGCCAACACCAAUGGUAACAAUCCAGCGGUCAUUAUCCUACCGGUGCCUGUAGAAGCAGUGGCUGUCCGCGUUAGCCCUAAUGACUGGGAAAACAGCAUUGCCCUUAAACUGGAGUUUUACGGAUGCGUACUGGAUUGCUCUUUUACUCCAGGUAAGGAGAAUGUUUCUGUUCCCUUGUCGUGUCACUACCCACAUUUACUUAUUAUUAUUAUUAUUAUUAUUAUUAUUAUUGUUGUUAUUAUUAUUAUUAUUACUUCUAUUAUUGUGUCAAACAAAAUUCUCUGAUUUGAUUAGUUCGUAGCCCUUAUCUAUAGCUUAAUUUUGCUGAUGCAGUGCCAGCUGAGUACUGUCCAAUUUGACCUGUCCUGAUAGAAGCUGCUUGUACUCAGACAUGUCAAAUCGGAAAGUUGAACAGCCAGUAAGGCUAAUGUUUAACUAAUUAGUCCAUGCUAACCAACCAAAACCAGGAAAACAUUAGUAAGCAAGUUUUUCAGUUCAGUUUGACACAUUUAUGUUUUUACAGAAUGUAUUAUGAAUAGAAAAUGUCGUUGGAGUUCCAUAUUCCGAGAAGUUGUAAGGCAUUGUUUUGGCUUUAGAAGCUGUAAGCUGAUAUACUUGGAAAAUUGUACUUUCAUAUUAACAGUAUUAAAAUCUCAAGAUUCUAGCACUUUGUUAUUGACACAAACAAUUUUUAAUAGGACUUCGUGUCAUACAUUUCAGGGAAAUCAAAUUCGUAAUUUCAAUUCGUACACGCGCUACAAAUAGUAGCAAACGACUGGAAAUACAAAUAGUUCAAUACUUUCAAACCUUCCAGCGACCUGCAUGCAAAACGCCAAGGUUCUGCAGUCGCUGAUGGAAGUGGUCGAUUACGAGAGGUUCCAGCUUUAUUGCUUUGGCAGCUAAAAACGCAGUUUGGAAAUUUGGAUUAGCUAGAUAGGUGGUCGCGCAGCCAGGGGUAGUUCGACUGUAAUAUAUUUAGUUUAAAAGAAUAAUAAUUUCCAAGAAGUUGUAAUUUUAUUCAUGCAGGACCGUUGAAGUUUACCAGUCGUGGAUAUCUAUUGAACAAACGCAACGACACUAUGUACGCUUGCAGCCUUUCUCUGGAGAGGUAAGUGACUUAGAAAGGAACUUCUCCUCGCCAUUAACUCGAAGUAGGUUUCGAGUUUUUAAACAGUGAAGUUUUCACUCACGUGGCCAGAAUCUAUGCAAAUUUAUUGGAACAAAGCGUUUACAUAAGAAAAGAGUUCCACUCCCACGGGACCGGUUUGGGACACAAACAUGGCCGCCGUUUCAUUGUUUUGGGACACAAAUAUGGCCGCCAUGACGUCAUGUGAAAACACACAGUUACACAAAGUACAAGUCUAUUAUUUCCGUGUGGCAGUGCAGCCAAGAGGUCAGUGCUAUCUGGGGAACUGCUUGAUGAGUAUAGAAACUAACUUAACAGAAAUAAAGACGCUUUAUGAUUAGCCUGCGCCAUAGACGAAACUGAACUCAGGCUAAUUCGGGUCCGUCUGCGAAACAGCCAUAAUUGGCCUGUUAAAAAAGAGAUUGUCGAUUUGCCAAUCAUUUUGAAAAGAAAUUCGAAAGGCAUUUCCCAUAAUUCGUCGGAUUCGCGUUGGGGCCCAGAAUAAGGAUUUCGGCGCUGCUCAGUCGCAGACGUUACUAACUGGGGUUAAAUUACGUAUGCGACGCAGGCGCUUAAUGACUCGAUCAUUUUUUAAACAAUUUUCUUGUUUUUACCAUGUUUCUUUAUAGCUGCAAAAGGGGAUCUUCUACCUGUUUCUUCAGCAUUGACAGAGGUGCCUCAUGGACAGGUAGGAGUCUUAAAAGACUGCAGGCUUCGUUGUUAUGCUCUCUAAACGCAUGUUAAUAAUUUCUUUUAUAUUCCCUUUUCUGCAACCUAAGUUAUGCCCUACCGACCACCUAAAACUUUCUCAGUCAAAUCUGGUUUUAUCCUGACCGAGUUGAAAAGUAAACCCCAUAAGUAGAACGAAUAAGUUCUUUCCAAACUCCUACGCACACAAAAUACUCCGAAAAUUCGAGUGAGAUCUAUCAGUGUCUUCCGACUCGUCUUAUGAUCGAGGCUUAGUUUCCAGCCUUGGGUGUCUCGAUGCCCUUGCUGUACGUACUCCCCACUCUACUUGUAGUAGUAGUAGCAGCCGUCAGUUUUAUUUCUCUCUGUAGGUUAUACAUGUUUAUAGAAACAGAUAAUUCAUUGAUUAAGAACUAACUAAAGAGAAAAAGGAUAAAAAUAGUGAAACUAAUACGUUGCCCUAGUAGAUGGAAAAAUAUAAUUUUUUUUAAAAUUUUUUUUUAACGGAGUUAAAAUGCUGGCGGCCAUCUUGCUGCCGCGCUGCCCCUUUAUGACCCUGUCGGUUACUAAUGUACUGCCCCAACCCAGAUUUUCGUGGUCAUAAAGAAGCAUUUAAGAAUAAACCGCGUCAGGAUUACCUCAGUUGGUAGAGCACAUGACUGCAGAGCGCAGAAUCACAGGUUCGAUUCCCGGGGUCGGAACAAUACUCAGGGUCUUAAUAUAUCUGCAGAGAAAUGAAAGUACUUCCUUUUCCAAACGGCCAGGCCUUGGCGUGACUCGGAUGACCACGUUAAAUGGCGGUCCUGUCUAUAGCACGAGAUUGAAAAACGGUGUCUUCUAUAAGCACUUUCAUGCUAAUUACAUUGACUCUCAAAUAUAUUAAUGCAACUGCUCGUUACCACGCUUUCUAACUGGUUUAGUUGUGACUCCGAAAAUUUACUUUUCACGAGAGCUAUAAAGCCGUUCAAUUCAUUUAACGUCUAGUAGGCUUCCACUUUGAGAGGUUAACCGUAUCACCCCAGAAAAUGGCCAAUGAAGAAAGCAAAUUAUUACCCGUCAAUAGUUCUGUAAAAGAGAUACUAUUUGAAUGGAAACAGAUGGAGAGGUGAAGAUGACAAUCAUGUCACCAGAUCUCAGUUUAAAUGGUUAAACAUAAAAGAAAUUAAUUUAUUCUGUUGUAAAAUUCCUAGAUUGUUCGCAGUCCCCUAUUUUUCCGUAAGAUCGUCGAGAAUCGAGAUCGAAGGUUUUGCGUUACUGGUGGCCAUCUUGGAUGAUUAUCAAAUUAGAUGUAAGCCCCGACGCCCGCCCUCUCGGUACAUAAUACCAAGAUGGCCCCCGUACCGGUAUUAUACAGGAGCGGAUCCAGAAAAUUCAGAAAAAGGGUGACCUGGACACUUGACCACUUGCCAUCUGGAUACUUGUUAUUUAUCUGGGAAUUCUAUAAAAAUAAAACAAAACUUCAAAGAAAAAGGGGUGGCCGCGACCCCCUCGGCCCACGCCUAAAUUAGCCCUUGUUAUAAAGCGCUCGAUCCUGACGAUCUUACGAAAAAUUAGGUCACUGCAAACAGUCUAUAAAAUACUGGGACAACUUAUGCUGAUUUUAUUUUAUACAAUCCCAAUCACUUUUCCCUCCUUUUUUCACAGCAAUGCAUCAUAGCGUACUUUCGCUCCUCGGAUAUGAUGUUGCGGUUGGCAACUGGUACGGCGUUAGCAAGGAUGGGAACGCGAUCGUGAAAAGUUCUUCUCAUUCCACCAAGUUCAUAGGUGCCGCAUUGAGUGAGUGGAAUGCCGCGAAAGUAAAGUCGACCACAAUUCUUGCUGACAUGAUUGAAAAUCACUUGGCUAUCACCAAUAGCACCCUGAAUCCACAUAUUGAGCAUGAUUCCGAUGCAAACACCAAGUGGGGAGGUCAGUAUAUUAAUGCCCGGUGCUUCAACUGAAUCAGAGAGAAUUAUUUCCCUGGUAUUACUAAGUCUCUGAUAACUGCUAUUUGGUCAACGCUGAGUCCUCUUUUCUCGAUUUGGUAAGCUAUUCCCUGAAUAUUACUAAAAUGACUCCACCUCCUUUUUUUUAAUUCCAGUGUCUGCUAAGGGCAUUCACGUUCAAGAGUCAUCAAUCUGGAAGUUGAAGGCGGUUUGGAUGUGCUCUGGUCCGUAUUAAAACGGCUCAUUUACCUUUCUGUAACAAGGAACACGUACCUUACUCAAAAGUUACUGUUGAAAGUGAAUAUAUGUUAACACGUAAUGAACCAUAGCAUACAGCCCACCAAAGACGUACGCUUUCCAAUGUAGGGUGCUUUCGAUUGACCAUAUAUCAGAAAUAGGAAUACAGAGUUAGACUAAUCCGGAAUACCGGUUCGUUUGGCUUUUCAUUUCAAAUUCGGAAUCAGUAAGUUGAAUUUAUUCCACACAUUCUGCUGCAGGGAGCAGAAUGACGGAAUUUUCUUUGCGUCGCACUAAAAGAUUGAAUCACAAAUAAUUAUAAACGGCAAAGAAAACCACUUGGUAGACUUCGUUGGUGAAAAUGAACGAUAUUUAGAGCUUAGAAAUACGAGACGUUCAGCAGAAAAAGGUAAUUACUGGAGCAGAAAAGAAAAUCUUUGGAAUAUUUCUUUAAGUAUGGGAAACGUGAAAGCUUGCUUGUUCCGGAAUUUUUCAGUUGGUACAAACCCUCUCGUGCGAACAGCUUUCUCGGGCUUCUUGAAUAUAUUAACAUUCAGCCAACUGUCUUUUCUUUUCUUUUCUGUUUUGUUUUUCACUUUCUUUUUUUUUUAUAAUAAGCUCAAUCGAACGCACCCUUAAUCAUAUUUGAUCUUGUAAGUAGGUGAUAUUAGCUAAAAGGCAAUAGACUAUUUUAUAUAGCUGGGCGCUUAGUGCCCCAGCCUUUGAGUGAAAGCGAGAUUGGAACUGACCUUGUUUUGAUACGAACCCUCCCUGUUUUAAAACUUGUUUACUGCAAACUCCUCUAGAUUAGAAUAAAAGCCCAACCUCACUUUUGUCAUAGUAUUCGUUUAGUUUUGGUGUUUUAAAUCAACACACGCUGUUCCUUAUCGGUGUUGCAGUGCGACCUUUACGAUUAACGCGCACGCAUUUUCAGUGACCCAUGGGGAGUAAGCCAGGAGAUUAGCAAAAAAAUAGGCGCAAUUUUUAAAAGACUGCCGUCAUGUUUUUUCUCUCGCCUCUAACCGAACGACUGCCCCACGGUUGAUAGGAUCUGGUAUCUGGUCAUAACUUUGUCAAAACUAAUUAACUCUAAGAGGUAAAUUCUAAAGGAAUAUAAAAGAAAGGGGACGCAAUAUCAGAACUUGGAGAAGUUAGGCUAAUCUUUUGGUGGCUUUAUUUAUCAUUUUUCUAACAUAAUCGUACUUUCACGCCGUAAGGGCUUGAUUAUUUGAUUUUUAUUAAUCUUAGUAGUAGUAAAAAAAAAAACAAAACAAAACCAAGAGAAAACUUUGCUACUCAGUUAUUAUUGGCGUAGUAUUAAUUUUAACAGUGCAGUUUUUUGACCAAGGAUUUUGUCGCUUAGUUCUUAGUUAAGCUGUUGAUUUUUUUUCCUAACAAUCAGAAGUGGCCAUAAUUCUUUUUUGGAAGUAAAAGAGUAAUUACAUGGCGUGAUGAUCAAAACGUUCUUUUAGAAGAAAAUUCAGUGUUUAUUUAAUCUUUUCUUAACUUAUGUUUCAGGCGCUGGUGAGUGAUUCCCAGUCAUUAUGAAGUUGUUAGAACGAUAUUAAAAAGUGCUCCCUAAAUUCACUGCUCUCCGUAUUCAUUUUAUUUUUUCACCUUUUCUCUAUGGGAUAUCUGGCUGUUUAAGCUCUAUUUACCUAGAGUAAUACAACGGUGACUUCCGCGCCAUUUCUAUAUCGGAGAGAAGUAUGUCGCGUCGAUCUCAGUGGACAUUUUUACCGAUACGGCGGCCAUAUUGAAUUAAUUAGGUUUAAGGAGUAUUAUGGGAUGCCCAGGGGGGCAUGAGCAGGAUCCGAUAUACUCGCUCAGUAUUUACGCGUGCUUUUUGGGCCGAUUUUUCUUUAAGUUCUCCUAGAAAAUUUUUUUUAUUAUUUUUAUUUACCAGCUUUUCUGGACACAGGCCUGCCCAGAGGGAAUGUGCACGAACGACACUCAGGUCCCAUGCAAGGUGCCAUCCCUACCCAAUCCCACAACCCGUAAAAGGUUGACCACACCAAAGGGGUCUACGACCCCUACUCUUUUCGAAUAGUGAUGUGGGUUCUUUUACGUCCCACAAGAACAAAUCAGUGAAAGUGCUGUGAGACUGGACCUACGGUUUUUCGUUCUUAUCCGAGAAGACUAGAAAGUCUAACCAUUUGCAGAUGUCAUUAAAAAGGCAGCACUUUCUUCUCAGUUAUUUAAAGACCGUGAGUGUUGGUCCGGCAGUUUGAACCCGCGACCUCCCGCUCGGCAGACCGGCGCUCUCCCAACUGAGCUAACCAGGCGGCGGUUAAAAAGAUUGUAAUGGGAAAAAGAAAUCGUUGUGCCGUGUUUAAUAUGGAUGUAAUAAUGAUCGCCUUUUUCCCGAAAAAUAUACAGCGAAGUUCUCUUUUUGCCAGAAAAGCGCGCGUAAAUACUGAGCGAGUGCCCCCCUGGGCAUCCCAUAACACUCCUUAAAUCUAAUAAAUUCAAUAUGGCGGCCGUAUCGGUAAAAAGGUCUACUAAAGUGAAGCGUCACAUAUUGGGCACUAGCUUCUGUGCCACAUUUCGGUGCAGUGUGAACGUUCGGAUCGUAGCGGACACCUAACCCUUUCGUCCGAUCUCACCAGAACAAUGUUCAAUGUGUUUUCACUAGUUGAAGUAUGAAAUGUGAGGAAAAUCUGUUAUUUUAGCCUGUGAAAGAUCAUACAGGGCUAAAAGAUGUAUUAAUGGGGUGUACCAAAGUCGAGAAAACGUUAAGUCCCCAGUUUUUCAAACGCUGGAUAGCGGUAUCCACCUCGAAUAAAUCACCAUCCCGGCAGGGGAUAAAUAUUACGGAAAUCAAUUACGCUAUCCGCUGGAUAGUGAUUUAUUCGGUGGAUAGCGCUAUCCAGCGUUUGACGGCAGCCGGGGCCUGGUUUUGUGAUUUAUUCAUAUUUAAAAGACAGUGCAUUUACAGCAGUUUAAAGGGAUGAACAGUUUUAAACUAGUUAUGUUAAAGGGGUACAAUUCGUGCAAGAAAAUUAUACGAAAGGGAUACCUUUUCUGCCAAAAACGGUAUUUUAAAAUGUAAGGGGCCCGGUUGGACCUCGGCACGAAGCCUCCCGUUAUAAAACUUAUUUGAGUACCCACCGGGGACCUUUCACGGUCAGUGAUGAUGAUUUAGUAAUAAAGUGAUCAUUACUAUAAGGUACUACGGUUAUUCACCCCCUCUUUCUCUGUCGUUGUCUAAUCAGGCUCACCUGAGGGCAACCACAAAAUUCCCAACGAAACCGGACACCUUACCUGAAGGACAUCAUUCUACAAUUUGUUUCUCAGGCUCCUCGGUUUUAAUUUGACUUUCUAUAAUUGAAAACGGACGUCCGGCGUUGACACUGCGCGCUUAAAGGUCGUUCCCCGAACGUUGUCCUCCCAUGCAAUUUUACCGAGUAAUGCCAUUUCAUCUCCGGGUAGGUAUCAACAUUCACCUCUGCUCAGCUAGUGUUGAUGAUGUUACAACUGAAGGGUGUCCUCUUUCGGGAACGUCCUCGAUAUUGGUGGAUGGAGUUGAGAUGUCGCCAAAAGUGAGUAGUAAAUAAAGUGAUGAUUAAUCAUAAGACGGCUAUCGGAGAAACUGUCUGAGAAAACUGAAGAAAGAGUUUGUCAUAUCUCAGUGUUCCUUGCUUCACUAUAAUAAGAAAGAGAAGUAUGCAUCCCCUUUUUGGAAUUUUUUAAAAUUAAAAUGUUAAUCUCAAGUAAGCGUCUUGUGACAUUGCACGAGAUAACUUUGUUAUCAAUCAAUAGCUUCAUGACUCAAUUUAGGAUAGUUUGAGAAUGAAUAGCAGAGUACAAUAGCUAUAAGCUACCCAGCCUAUACUCUUUGAAACUGAUGGUCCAGAGCUCUACCAAUAAAUCCACACAAUAUAUUUUCUUGUAAUAUAUUUAGGGAACUAAAUUAAAAAAGCUUCACUUUGUCCUUUCAGCAAAGAGGAUAUAACGUAGUGGUGUUAAGCAGAGAUGGACAUUUUAUAAGUUCCCAGGCAUUUGACUCCUAUAUUUCCAGCACAGCAGAUGAUCAACUGGCAACAUUUCUUACCGGCCUGCCCAAUAACGUGAUCGUGUUAGCAGCGAUCCAGGAUGAGGCAUGGUGGGCCGGAGGCGCAUCGGAGUCCAACAAACAGGCUGCUGACGCCCAGCUGACAAGCCUUGGAGCAACAAAUCCUCGACCUUUGGGAUAUCGCGCCACGUGGGCUUUAGUUGGCUAUAAGGGUUCUGAUGAUCAACCACAUUGGAAACGAUUUGCAGAAGCACUAAGAGGCCAAGGGCCAACAGAGAUUUUCGUUACGAUCCCUAAUGGUUGUGCGUAA